UUAGUGACUCCAUUUCCUUGAGCAUUCCCGUUUUGUCUCAUUUUCUUGUGCCGUGCUCAAGUUUGUCAUUUCUUCAGUACCAUGUCGUUUAAUCGAGGAAUAAAACGCGAUUCUUUUGGGAAUCGUAACUUCAAUAAUCGAGGAGGUGGUGGUGCAGGAGGUGGUGGCGGCGGUGGUGGUGGAAGAGUUGGAAACAUGGGUGGCGGAGGAGGCAUGGGUGGCAAUAUGGGUGGUGGAAUGGGUGGAGGUGGCGGAGGUGGUGGAAGCGGAGGAAUGAAUCCAUGGGAAGGAGGAAUGAUGCCUGGUCGAGGAAUCUUACCGACACCAAAUAAUAAUCUGUCUUUAGCAUCACCCCAAGCACAGUUAGCAAUAGCCAGUAAUCUCUUAACAAAUUUACUUCGUAACCAACAAGAUGUUCAACAACAGCAGGUACCAUCGCUCCUUAGCCUGGGUAAUAACUUUUCCGGUCCAGGGCCAAAUUUCCCAAAUCAGCAAAACUUCCAAUCUGGACGUUUCAAUGAUCGGCCUGUGAGACAUCCAAUGAAGAACCAACGGCCCCAACCAUAUAACAAGAUGGGCAAUCGCGCCCGUGAUGGCCCUGCUGGGCGACGUGGUCCAUCUGCACAACAAUCUCGUGCACCCCAGUCUGGCAGUCAGCGUAUGAACGGAAACCAAACUCAGCAUCGCAACGAUAAAUCUUCUAAACCAAUUCCUGCCUCUAAACAAAAUCAGACUGCCAAAAAGGAACAGCAGGACGUUAAGACCUCUGAUAAUGAAAAAGCAGAAGCACCUGUUGUAAAAAGCGAAGUGAUCGAAGAAUCUGAAGAGAAGAAACGCGAUUGGAAAGAUGAAAAGAAACAAUCGGAAUGCAUCGGUACGAAGGCUUACGAAGGUGAAAAAGCUCAAGAAGAUGCUGAACAGAAAGCAGAUAAAACAUCUACUGAAGAUGUAGCAAAAGAUACGAAUGUAGCGACAACUGAGAAAGACCCAAAGAUGACUGGCAAGAAAUCCGAAGCUAGACAUGCUGAAAGUCGUUACGCAGAGGUUCCAAUGAACCAUAUGUUCUGUCAUAUUUGUAAUAAACACAUGUGGGAUGGAUAUUCCUUCGAAAACCACUUAAGAGGUCGAGCCCAUCAAUUGAUGAUGGAAAAGUUAGACGAAAUGUACAAAUUGAAAGUUGAUCUGAUGAGGCAUGAAUUGAGAAUAGCAGAAGAGCAACGUGAAUUUAGCUUGACUAAUUCGAAACGUCGAGGGAAGAAAGUUUCAGUGGAUCUAAAUGUUAGGGAAUAUUGUACAAUGUGCGAUUUAAAUUUCUACGGUACUUUAUCAACGCACAGGAAGAGCGACAAACAUCAACAAUUGAAGACUUUCUUGCAUCCAAGAUGUUUCCCCUGCGUGAAAGAGUUUCCAUCGCGUAUCGAGUAUGACGAACAUUGUUUAACUCCUGCACAUAUGAAAAACGCUGUACAAUGUGAAGAACAGCGAAAAAAUAAGAAGAAAGACAAACUGGCUAAAGGAGAGGCUGAAGUACGCACUAUUGAAGAUGAAGAAAAGGACGUUGGUUCUGAAAUUAAAACUGAAAAGGAAGAAGAGGCAGCCGAAGAACAAGAAUAUAUUACAGACAUCGCCGAGAAUAUGGCAGAGAAGAAAUUCAAAAUACCCUCUUACAAAUACUGCCGUCAAAAUCAAAUUUCUAUCGGAAAGUCAAUGGUAAAAGACGUUCAAGGAUUUUAUUGCGAGAAGUGUCGAAGAUUCAUGCUGUUAGCAGAAGAUAUGAAUGUUCACUUGCGCAGCAUAACUCAUUACCGAAAUUUCGUGCAAGAAGUAAAGUCUUUGACGUCUACUAAUGAGAAUGCCGAACAAAAAACAGCUGAGAAAGCAGAGACCAACGAGGACACUGCUGAGAGUAAUAAAGAGUACGAAGGCAGUUGGAAGCGUCGCAAGAUUGCUCUUUCUGAAGAGCAAGACAACGGAGAAGCGAAGGAAACGCAGGAAAAUAACGCUGAGAAUGCGAAUGCACAGAAAAAGGCUGAUGGGGAUGAGAAGUAUGAUCCUCUCGAGGCCGACGCCGAAUCUGAAGAGGAAGAGCAUCGUGAAGGUGAUACCAGCAGCAGCCAACAGGCUACUCAAAAUGAUUCUAAUGCUCAAGACAAGAAAACAACACCGGCCGACAAAGCGUGGGCAGAUAUCGAUAACGAUAAUGAAGCGGAAAUAGGAAACUUAAUUGAUGACGGAGAUGAGAAGGAGCAACCUGCCGAACCGGAAAAAAUCGUUCCAAAAAUAGAGAGAGAUCAGAGUCCCCAAAUAAAACAAACUCGUGGGCGAGGAGGCUUCACACGUGGUCGUGGUAGUCCACGAUCACGAAGGGGCCGACGAUAAUAGGUACUAUUCCUGUACUAAGAUUGAAGUAAGCUUGGAUAUAUUCAGUAGUUUUACACUAUUUAGCCCAUUGUUAGAUUUCACCAUUUCGAUUAUUUUCCAGUCAUCGAUAUACAAAUAACAUAAUUACAAAUCAUAUGCGGCACACGUGUAUUUCUAUACGAUGAGAAGUAUGCAGGUGGCAAUUAUUUAUUUAUCCAAGCUUACUUGAUAAAGGAGGUUUUAAUUAUGUACUACUUACAAUGGUUUGUAGAGUCUCAAGUAGACGAUGGGUAGAUCGAAAAUUAAGGAAACAAAACGAAAAGUUAUACUCUUAUGUAUCUUGUAACUAUUCCAUACCGGAAAAUGUGGUUAAUAUUCGAAUACUUGAAAUAUGUCAAUGGUCUUUUAAAUACAACCAUAAUAUGAAAUUUA